GAUCCGCGUCAAAUUGACACGGACCCUGAGGGACGUGGUGUCGCUCAGCAGCGUGACACCACUCGCUCACCAUUCCUCACCACUCGCUCACCCCUCCUCGCUGUCACCACACGAGAGAGGAGGACCCACCCCGACACUCACUCACACACUUACCCCUCGCUCACAACAACAACACAACCACCACCUUCACCGCGGGAAAGAGGGAACAGAGGAGAAUCGCCCAUCCCUCACCCCUCGCUCUCACAACAACAACAAACACAAUAACAACAACAAACACGACGACUACUACAACAACAACCAACACGAGAGCGCGCCAUGGAGAGCGGCUCGCCACCGCCUUGGCUGAGCGCCGCGCGGCCGGGCCCGCUGAGCCGCGAGCUGACGCUGAGCGGGCCCCGCGUGACGCUGGGCGCGCUCCUGGCCGCCACGUGCGGCCUGUGGGUCGCGGCCUACGCCACGCACCUCCUGCUGCAGAGCACCGCGGUGCUCACCGUCUUCAUCCUGGUGUUUAUGGUGUCGCUGAUGGCCUACCUGCACGUGGUGAAGGUGGAGCACGAGUGCGUGCUCCUCAUCGCCGCCACGGGCGUGCAGCUCACGCGCCACUAUGCAUCAGGGCGCCAGCAAGCCACCUUCAUUGAGAUGGCGCGCGUCAAGGACAUCGUCAUCAACGAGGUCAUCCAUGCGCAGCAAGUGCUGUACCACAUGAGUAUCCUGCUGAAGGAUCCCGCUUCCCCUGAGAGGAUCUCCGGCAUCAUCCCCGUGUUUGCGAAGUUUAAACCACGACUCGACUGCCUCGUGGAAGUCUAUCGGACCUGCCAGGAAGUGCUGCGGAUGUCGGCGUCUGACAGCGCGGUGUUCAGCGGCGGUGGUGUUGGCGGCGGCGCUGGGAUCAGAGACUGACGCAAAGCACGUUCAAGAACUAUGUUCACCGCACCGCCAGCAGCAGAAGCUGGCUUGUCCCACGUGCUGUAUUUACACACACAUCUCAUUUCUCCAGGCACAACAUGGCCAGGUUACUUAAAUGCAGCCAAAUGUAUAUUUUGACGACUACAUCAUAGACUAUCGCCAUCAUCAGCCAUGUUCUAUGUUCACUUCCGGAUGAAGGCUCCCCCCCUCCCAUGCCUUCACCAUUACUCAUGGUCCUGCGAUGCCACAAUGGAUCCGAUUGCUCCAUCUCCACGGUGGUCGUCCCCUUUAGUGUUCUCCCAUUUGCCCAUCAGCCAUCCUCUUCCCUUUCCAGAGACGUUCUCUUCACCAGCACCAUUAAACAAGCAAGAUGCCUCGGAUUCACAUUGUUCCCAGAUCCAUGUCGCUCCUCCUGUCACCCGGUGUCACGUGCCUAAUUAGCUCAUGCAGCUAAUUAGGCACGUGACGAAUCCUCAGUUCCUACUCGCACGAAGGUCAGGUCGCAUCGCGUUGUGCCAAGCGUCAAAUUGUUUUCAGUUUUGUGCGCGUAACCACCCUGCAGCCGUGAGAGGCGCGAUGCUCACAGCAGUCGCCCGAUCAUGGAUGCAAAUCACGACGGAAUCGCAACGCCUGCAUCACGUUGCGCGGGGGUGAGGCAUCGCCGCGUUGCAUACCUCUAAACGGGGAUUCUGUUUUAUGAAGUUGCUUUCAUUUGUGCCUCGUGUGAAUUCUGCAAAGCAUAUUUUUCACAGAGAUAUUUAAAGCGGAACUUUUUCCAGUGUGUUGUUGACACUGCAGUGUACUGAGUGGGAUCCUAGGCCAGACGAUAGCAUGCGAGUAAAAACUUUGACAUUAUUUCCUUAAUAAUAAAAUCAUCGUUUUAUGAACCACA